ACAGUCUCAUCUAAGCCGCAGCUAUGCGCACAUCCUCCCCAUUAUAGCCGAAAUACCAUUCGCACUCGAUCGGGAGCGUCACGCGUUCACGACGCGAACGCUAAACGGAACCGCGAAACUACGCGAUUUCCAUAUUUUUCUUUUUUUUUUUAAAUCGAAUUCGAAAAACUUCCCGAAAAGUUGCAGUUGGCGGGCAAACGGUAAAGUUGUGUGUUGUGUUAAAAGUGCGUUUAGACGUUCAGAGCUUAUUUUUAUUAUUUGUGUGCUAUUUGUCUAUGUGCCGACUGAUUCUAUUUGUGUGAAGUGUAUUUUCCAUUUUGUGCACAAUUUUCAUUUGGAUUAUUUUGCUCCGGAAUUUUUGGAACAAUAUGGAAUUCUCGCAUACGACCGGCACGCUUUUAUAUAACAUCUAAUAACUAAUAGUAAUAACAUAAGAAGUUUUCAUUAACCCGUUAUAAAAACAAAGAUGCUGGGGUGUGCUCUAAGGAGAGUUACUUCAGUCAUCACUUUCACUACGAAGAACAUAAGCUUCAGCUCGGCUGAUGACAGCCGCUGCUUAGAUAAGUAGAUGUUUUGACGACGGACCUAACUAAAAACAAUUCCGGCAAUAAAAUCUAAUAGAAAAAUUGCAGUAGUAAUUUGUAUCAAAUCUGAAACAAUACUAGUCAAGUUGAAAAGCAAUAGUAAGUUACCAGAAGCGAUAGUUGCACUAUAGACAGGACGAUUGAGCGUGCUGUGUCGCCACUGCGGUGGUAUGCGUUAUAUUGCCUAUUGGAUCGACUGUGCGCUGAUUGGUCGCUACGUCACGUGGCUUCCCGGCGCGCGACUGCGGUGCUGGAUGCUACUAACUGUAUACACGUUACCACAGCUUGCCGUCUCUGCGAAGAUAUUGUGCCUCCUGAUGGUGGUGAUCUGCGGCGCGGUGCCGUCGAUGGUCCGUUCAGUUCGCCUCUACAACCGCUGCUCCCACCUGUACGUCAACAUGUUUCAAAACGGCACCGUCAUGGCUGUUUCAGAUGGCAACGACCAGCCAAAUCUCACCAUCAGCACACGCGGAAUCAACCUCGAACUGCUCAUCCACUCCCCCAUACACGAUAUGUACCUGUGCUUCAACCGGGCGCGGCUGGUAGGCAAGCGAUUGACACGAUUUCAAGCGGAGAGACAACCAAACUGUCUUUUCAAGGAGGAGUUUGUGGAAGGCUACAACAGAUACCGCCUGACGAAGAACGAAGACCGCUACAUAGGUUUCAACAAGCGAGGUGUCCAGUUGCGACGCACAAAAAGUCGCCUAUCCAAGUCGAUGCACAAGUGUCUCUCGUUUAUAAAGGUUGCUCACGACUUCGACAUCAACAGACACAACAACGUUCGCGCCGGCGAUGUAAGGCGUCCGCAGCGUAGACUCCGUGCACCCUCUCCCAACGCCAUCAAACAACCUUGCCACGGCAUCCGUCAUCAUCACGGCCGGUCUCAGAGGCGGAGGCAUUGCGACGGAACGUAGAUAAACUGCCCACCUUCCCCAACAUUAGCAGCUUCACGCUUCAACGCUUCACGCGUUCCGUUGCCAGCUGUUGACAUUGUGAGUGGACAGAGUAUUAGUCAACUAUCGCAGUAUUAUUACAGCGACGACGACUGGAUAGCGUUAGGUAAGCUCGGCGGUGGCCGCGGCGUUUCAAACGCCACAUGAAUGGUAGCUGAAGCGGGCGAGCAAACAUUUGAAUGAGAGAAAAAGGUUGAACCGAGACUAUGUCCGGACAUGUGAAAUUCCUUAAGCUCGUGCAACAUCGUGGCGCUCGUUUACUCUUGUCUGCGGUCGGACACUCGUGCUCUAAAAGUAAAAAGAAAAAGAUACUCUGUUGAACGAGCAAAUAGUAGUCUCGUUCGGUCACGAGUCGGCCGAUAGACCACCGCUGGAUUCUGGUGUUUGCCCGCGAUCGUCAGGAAAUUCAUCUAUGGCAGUAUCGAGAGCGUAUGCUCCGGCUGGCUUGCCAUAAGUGUAGCAAAUGCCUUUACGUCAAUUCUCAGUGUGUUAUUAUUUAAAACGCUUUACUGUUAAAUUAAGUACAGAUCGUGUUAUGCUUGUAAAUAUAAUUAAACAAAAAAUAAUAAUUGUGUUUACUUAUUUAUCGAAAAACUUAAUCAGAAAAUUUGUAAACGUAGACGUUAGUUGUAAAAUUGUAUUAAAAGUUUUUGUAUUUAAUUAUGGGUAUUUAAUCUAUACGACCAACCGCUCUCUUGUGAUUAGCUACAGUUUAUAUAACCUAUAUUUCUUUAUCUUCACGUACUGAAAACGUAUUGGAGUAACAUUCAUGAUAAUUCUGUUCUUUAAUUGAUUGUAUGAUUUGAGAGUUUUGUAUAUAUUAUUUUAAGGUUUCGUAUCAGAGUGAUAGGUCAUUGAAUCUCUUUUCAUCAUAGCCUGAUGCCUAGCUUCUUCUUAAACAACAUUGCCAUCUAAUCCCUCGUCUUUAUUCAUUAAGUCAUUUCAUACUGUUGUUAUUGGAAGACGUAAACACUUCUCGAUAUUCUUAUACAUUAUAAAUGUUUAUUUAAUGAGAUCUGUGCCAUAAAGGUGGCAGUGUACGACUUGUGUUCGCAUUGUAACUAGAGUGUUAAGUUAAUGUCUGUAAACUACGAGUAGCUAAACAAAGUUUAACGAUUAAGAAAGUAACCGAUUUAGUUAACUGUUUCUUUUGAAUGAACUUUCAGAUGGAAACUGAUUUUAUAACUCGAGAUACCCAACAGAAGAAAAUAGUUAAUUUACAUUUUAUUUAUUUAAUAGAUAUUGUAAACUAUUCCGUCUUACUUAAGCGGACAAAUGUUAAAAUCAUUAUUUAUUUAUAAAAUGUUUUACAUUCCUACAAUAUUCCAAUAUUUAGUGAAAUAUACUUUAUUUGUAGCACCGUAACAUUCCAAAUGAAAUGAAUGUAAAAACAUUACCUAUACAAAAUAUGCGCUUAAAUACAUAAUAAAUUUGUAAAAUAGUACGACACUGUCUAUUGUAUUGCUGUGUCUAAUUAUAAGUUUUCAGACGCUGAACGAAAUCGUAUAAUUGCUAAGAAAAAUUAUGAAAUUAAAUAUUAACUCGC